AUGUCAUUUGUAUUCCAAUUUUGCAAAUAUUCCACCACUACAAACACCAUCACUGCCCAGCGUUUGACCAUAAAACCAUUAUUGUCCAGAAAAACAUUACUGGUCGACACUUAUAAAGAUUUAAUGGACAAGUCACCAUUGGUAUUGUUUGCUCAUUACAAUAAUUUAAAUAAAACAGAAAAUAAAUUGUUCAGAGAUUUAAUCCAGAAAAACAAUGGUAAAUUAACUGUUUUGAGAAAUAAUUUAUUUAAAGUGUAUUUAAAAAAUUCCAAAUUUGAAGAUCCAUGCUUUAAAGGAAAUGAUAAGAAAAAAAUAUUUAAAAACCAUCCAUUACUGCCACUAUUUAAAGGUCCUACUUGUGCCAUUUCUUUUACUGAAGUAGAACCAGCUAAUGUCAAAGCUUUAUUUACUGCCUUGAAGAAACACAAUGACAAAUUGUUUAUCAUUGGAGCAAGAUUAGAUAAUAACGAACAAGUUUUAGAUUUAGACAAAUUGAACGAAUUUAAAGAAUUACCAAACAAAUCAGCUUUACAACAGCAAUUGUUGGGUUUAUUGCACAUCUUGAGUGGUGCUGGUUUGGUGAACACUUUAGAAAUGGCCGGUACUAAGAACUUAUAUUUGACAUUAAAGAGUCAUGAAAACCAUAUUAAAAAAUCUGAAGAGCCAGAAACUAAAAAAGAAGAAUAA